AUGGGGCUACGCCCUUUCCGGGUCAGGGGUGCUCAGGUUCAGGAUGCCAAGCGAGUAAUGACGUUGAAACGUUUCGAAAAAUUCUCCUUUGCUCGGGGAUCACUGUUUAUUCUACCGUAUGUACAGUACAUGCUCGAGUUGCCUAUCCCCCCUUUCGUUCUUUUGUGGCAACUGAAGCCCCCCCGGGGCAAGUGCAGUCAGUCGUUCCUGAAGAUCUCGUACUCUCUCACUCAGCCCAAUCCUCCUCUCAGCCGUUCCCUUAAGGUUAAGGGAAAUGCCGGUUGUUUCGUGUGUUGGGUUCGGUUCCGCCGGCACUGGAAAUCUGCUUCGAGGACCAAUGACGGCGGAAAGUUACAGCCUGCCCAGAACCUGGUUACUCCGCUAACGGGCCAGGGGUCAAUGGUGGCGUGUAACAAAACAGGGAGUAGUUGGCCGGCUGUUACUGUCUGGUACCGCCAACCAGGCUUCUUGACUGCACAGCAUCAGGUCGGUAACCUCAACUGCGAUAAAUGUGUCGGCCCAGUUAACGGGGCGGGAUCUGGACGGAUAUUGCUCGUACAAAUUGCAGGAUCUUAUUUCUGUCGCUCCCAACGUCACCGCAGGAAAUGCACGGAGCUUCAUAAGGUCAUCAGCUCAAAGCUCAACGUGCGUAUGUCGAUCUGCCUCGUUUGCGUGGUAUUGACCCGAAAUACUGCAAUCCACUGGUUGGCCUCUAUCGAAGGCCGUUUGCGCAACAAAAGGGAAAUUGGGGAAACGUUGCAAUCAAUGACCGAAGGACCCUUCGACAAAGAUUCGCGCCUUUUGUUUUAUCAAGAAGUACCGGUAGUUGGGUCUUGA